UAGGAAGCCAUAAAAUGGCAUGAGGUUUAGCUAGGAGCUAGGAGGAGCCAUGGAAAUGGCAAGAGGUUUUAGGGGGCUGGGCACGGCGCGGAAUGCUUCGGUUCCCAAUCCGUCGCUGACAGCCUUGGCGAGCACGCAGCUUCGCAUUCGCGUGGCAGCCGCUUUCUCUGUAGCCUCUUUUCACAUCGCGCUGCGAGUGGCGCUGCUGAGCCCGGCAGUGCAGCGACCCCGGGAUCGCCCACUGGGAGAGCGGCCGGGCAGCCACGACUGGCGGCGUCAUUGCCGUGCCACUGCCGCUCGCCACAGCCUUGCGCGGGCCAAGGAGGCGCGGAUCGACGGCGGUUGCGGGGGGGCGUGUGAAUUCGCGGCCAUGGGGUCGUGGAAGCGGCAGUGGGGGAAGCAGGCGCGGCUGCGCGGGCAUCGCGCGGAGGUGACGGCGCUGUGCGUGCACGCCGCCUCCGGCGUCCUCCUCUCCGGCGACAUGGAGGGUGAGCUGAAGGCGUGGAACCUCGCCUCGCACCGACCCGUGGCGCAGCGCAGGCUGCACGGGUCGCAUGCCGGCAUCAUCGCCAUCGCCGCUGUGCCGCCCGCCUCUGCUGCUCCCUCCCUCGCCCACUCCGUGCUCACGCAGGGUCGGGACGGUGUGGUGCGGUGCUGGGCGAUGGAGAGCGUCAGGUGUGGCAGCAGCAGCGCAUCGCCCCCUGCGCCCCUCUUCGCCAUCCCCACGGGCGCCUUCACCUUCUGCCGCAUGGCGCUGCCCGCGCUGCCCUCGCUGCCCUUGCUGCCCUCGCUGCCCUCGCUGCCCUCGCUCGCCCCUGGCUCCCACGCACACCUGCGUGCGUCACCGCCACCACCCACUCCCUCCUGCGCCCCUGCCGCUGCCUGUGGUGAGCCCACCCCAGCAGAGGAGCGGCGCCACCCCGCGGCGGCAGGUGGAGGGGAGGCGCAGGCAGGGGCAGGUGGAAGGGGAGGAGUGAGCGGAGGGCGUGGGGCGGCUGGAGGGGUGGGAGGGCGACCCGCGGGGCUGCUGUGUGCAGCGCUGGGAGCGGUGGGAGGGGGCAGGGCAGAUGGCAGCAGGGAAGGAGGGCUGGCGGGGGCAGAGGGGGAGACAGGCGAGGGCAGAGAGAGAGGGGAGGGGGUGGCAGCAGCAUUGGAUGAUUAUGAGCUGCCUGCUGUGCUGGCGACCCCGUGCGACGACAACUGCACUGUGGCCCUGUGGGACCUCCGCCACCCCACGCGUCGCGCGCUCUCCAUCGGCUCGCCGCAAGGCUUCCCCCAUGCUGCGCCGCACUCCUCCUCCUCCUCCUCCUCCUCCUCCUCCUCCUCUGCCUCUGCCGGUCUGCCCAUGGCGUUGCACCUCGUCCUCAAGCCCGCCGUCUCGCCCUCGCUCUUCCUGCUCGCUGGCUACGAGGACGGACGGGUGGCACUGUGGGACGUGCGGCGGCCCGACCUCCCGCUCACUGCGGCGCGCCUGCAUUCAGAGCCCGUGCAGAGCGUGGCUGCGUGGCGCACAGCGGCGCACGGCAUGUCAGGAGGUGCGGAUAAGGACGUUGUCUUCUUCCGCCUCUCCCUGUCAGAGGGCCGAAUAGUCCCCACGAAGAGGGUGCGGGGGCAGCACCCCGGCACGGCAGACGUGGCGGUGCACCCGUGUGGCGCUGCUGCCGCCUCGGCGGGGUGGGACGGCAGCGUGCGCCUCUAUGACUGCUCUGACCCAGAGAGGCCAAGACCCGCCGCCGUGCUGCACCACCACUCCGCAGCUGUGACAGCAGUGGUGUUCACGGCAGAUGGCCAGUUGUGCUCCGCAUCUCGAGACACCACCGUUGCUCUCUGUGGCUCCGGCUGAUGCACCAUGGGCCAGGGGCAUGACUCAUGCUCAUUUCCACUCUCCUAUUGUCUUGCCUAGGCCGCUCAUGAAGAAAUUAGAGCUGAGUGUUAUGCCCGUGUUGCUUGUGAAGGCAUUGCAUCCAUCCUGGGUACAUGUCACCAGCAUAUUGUGGAAGUCCAAGUGAUGCUACCAGCAGGAACCACGUUGUUCUGCCAUGGAGCAUCAAGGGCCCGCCCGCAUACUGGUUCACACGGGGCGAAAACCGGAAAAUAAAUUUGUUCACUGUACAGUAGCAUGAUUUACUAUGCUACUAUGUAUAAAAAUAACAGACGGGGAAAGGCAGAAGGGGGGCAGUUGGCGCAUUUCUUCUGUUGGGCGCGCACCCACUGGUCCAGGCACACCCACUGGUCCAGGAGGAACUGUUCCUAGCCGUGCAGCCAAACAC